AGAUCGGAAAUCAUGCCGGAAUCAGAGGCUGUUCUCCUCGUCAUACCUACCACUCAUCCGUCGUCUUAACUGCCUCUUCAUUGGCGCCACGACCAUGUUCAAGAGCGCGGCAACAAAAAUCGCUCACAACAGCACCCUGACCUCCCUCAGCUUGGGGGGUAACAAGGAUCUUCGGCCUCUGCAGGACUUGAUCACAGCCGAGAAGGCCGUGCUUAUAUCGUUACAGAAGCUUAGUGUCGAUCUGAGCAAGGCGGGAGACUCACUUCGGGCAUGGGGACAGGGCGAGGGCGAUGAUUUGGGAGAUAUACUCACGGCUUCGUCCACGAUCCUCUCACUCUGGUCGACGGCGCUGACAGCUUACGCAUCACGCGAGCAUGCCAUACGAGAUCAACUCAAGCAAAUCAGAACUCGCGAAGAAGCCCUCGAUGAGCUUAAACGAAGGCGCAAAGCCACUCAUGCUCGAGCCGAUAGUGCCGAGAAGAAGUUGAACAAGAUGGGACCGGAGCACAAGAAUUUGGGCGCGCAGACAGAGCUGCUUACGGGAUUGCAAGCGCAGAUUCGUUCUAUGGAUGUGGAUAUCAUGAAUGAAGAGACCUCUUUGUCAGACUUCAAGAGAAGUGCAUCACGCGCUUUCCUGGGGCUGAAGUUCGGAGGAUUGAUGGAAUGCUGCGAGAAGGGGUGCAUCAUCGCAGAGUCGGGUCGGUCAGUUGUCAUGGAAAUCCCUGAAGACACGACGCCGCCCGGGAUGCCGCGCGCUCCAUACGUGGGAUAUCAGCGUGCCUCCGAUUACGUUGCAGAGGCCGAACGAUGCGUAAACGAAGUCAUCUUCACGCCGCUUCCAUCUGGCGGGGUGCCCUCUGUCCCUCGGAUCUCGACUGGAGUUGACGACCGGGCCAGCAUGGCUGGAAGCUUUCUCCCACCAAUCGCAGGUGGAAGUGUCAUGGGCAGUCUCUCCGCUAUCGGGAUGCAGAAUACGGGUAUGAGCGCGUUCAGCGGCGUCAGCGGAGACGGGCUUCCUCCAACAAAUCCCAGCCCGGCUUUCCUCCCACCUCCAGAUGUUGGCAGUGGUGGUUUCAUGGACAAUGCGAGCCAGGGCGGAUAUCAGCCGCCUCUUUCUCCUCCAGGCAGUGGGUUCGCACCUUCGUCUCCCGGUGGCUAUGCCCCUCCUUCGGGACCACCCCCGCCAUCCGCAUUCAAUCCGUACGUUCCGGCUGAGGCAGAGCCGCCUCGAGAGGAGGUGGGGGUAAUAGGGGGAUCUGUGAUUGGCGGAUCAUCGUCUGGAGGGACGGCUGGACCAGGUCUUGUAGGGGGUGGCCAUUUCGCCACUUUCCCUGUACGCAGCAGAGGCCUUUCGCUCCGGGAUGACAACGCGGGUGUUGUGGCUCCCAGCAGUUACUCGUACUCAGUCGACGGGCCUCCGUCCCUGGGCAGCUCUUCUCGAAAGGACUCGAGUGGAGAUUUUAUGAAUGCUGUGAUGGGUGCCGGAGAGUUCGGGACGUCAGUGGAAUCUCCGGUCCAGGAAGGAUCGAGCUCGCAGCCGUUCGUAGGCGUUUCGAAUUCGCAGGUCAAUGCCAUGGCGAGGGUCACUUCGAAACAAGAAGAGCGAGAGCAGGAGCUUCAGAGAAGGACCUCAGAAGAGCCGGCUCCUGCGUAUGUCGAUUACGCGGAGCAGGCGAACGAGGAAUCAGCAGCGGUCCCAAUCGCGCCUACUAUGUCGCCGGUGCAAUCUGUUCACGCACAACCUCCUUCACCGAUGCCUACUUCCCCCACGCACAAGCAUUCCACAUCUGAUCCUGCUGGUCCCCCGCCGGGCGCAGCUGCCCCGGUUGUCGACACAGUCUGGACGGGCGAAAAUCUCGCCACUUUCGAUCCGCAAGCCAUGAACGAGGGGGACCGAACGUCGUCAUAUUCGGAUAUUGGGCUGGCAUAUAUGAGCAUGGACGAUGCUCCUGUCGAGGGCGAAAGCGAGCAGCAGCGAGAAGCGAGAUUGUCGAGGCAUGUUAGGUUUGGCCCGGAAGGAGUUUUUGGUGAAACAGAACCGCCUAUGCGAAGUCGUCAGAACUCCUCACCCGUUCCACCAGGCUCGGCUCUGAAGAACAAACGUAUUCCGCCACCUGCGUUUGUCGAUCGGGAUGAGGAAGAGCGUGCUCUGAACGCUGCAGCUGCCAGAGAGAUUACUUUGGAGAUAGAUGCAUUGAGAUCGAGCCAUGCCCAAGACCAUCCUUCGUCGCUUCAGCCUGCAUCUCCGGUCGCCCCUCCUCCGCAGACUCACUUUGUGCCCCCUCCCAAACUCUCGUACAGUGUAUCGCCACCUCCAAGAGAGGUUUCGCCGUCGGUUCCAGCCAAAGCGCCGUCGAUUGAAAUCGAGCCUGUCCAGCACACAACGCCCUCUUGGGCCAUGUCGCCUGUCCUGCCGGCAGCUUCCGAUGCACUGCCGGGCAGUCCAUCGUCGCUUCGUGGCGCAGCGCCCUGGGCCACUCGGUCAACGUCUUCGCUGAACAGUGGCGGUGUACCGGCCGGUGCGCGGACCAUCUCGGCUGCUGCGUUCCGGCGUCCGGUGCACAAAUCGAGCGACUCUGGGGAUGUCAGCUCGCUGGCGCUGAGGAAGCGGCUCCCGGCAAGCCCGUAUCCAGAGCAGAGAGUCGCGAGCCAGAAUUUGGAUUCGUUCGAUUACAUCAGUGCUUAUGGGCGAGAUUCACAGGCCUUUUUCGACGACGAGGCGGCUGCGAGCGAACAUAAUGGAAUUCGGUGAAAGGACACUGCCCGGUACUAAUGUCUAUGGCUAUGUUAUGUACGAAACAUUCCUGCAAACCUUAUGGAUAUGAUCACUGUCGCGUCACGACCUGUCACAGUCGGCGCGUUUUGUCACAUGCGGGGCACUCGGUUAUAAUCGGGCCGACAGUGCGACAUCAGUGUGAAAGCAUUUCCCCGUCGUAAACGACGUCAGUUAGUCAAACACCCACUGGCGCCGACCCGGUAAUUUGCAUCCGCUUCUCGGAUACAUCCAAAGCCCUCAUCCUCGCACCAUGUUGCCUCGUCGCAGCCUCAGUGCGAGCGCAGCGCGCUUUGUACGUGGCAUGUCAUCAACUUCCCCACAAUCGUAUUCCUUGCCCGUCCAACCACUUUCUCUGGACGAGGAAACCCGACAAUUCGAUGCCCGGGUCUCAGAAAUGAACGAAUUCUUUUCCCUUCCACGGUUUAGCCAGACCAAACGUCCGUACACUCCAGCGGACGUCGCAGUGAAACAAGGCUCGCUGCCCGUCCUGCCGCUCCCGUCGACGCUCCUAGCCGACAAGCUGUACGCUUUGCUCAGCCAGGCUGCGAGCGAGGGAAAGCCAGUGCAUACGAUGGGUGCCAUUGACCCGGUGCAAAUGACGCAGAUGGCAGCGAACCAGGAGGUCGUGUAUGUCUCGGGAUGGGCGGCGAGCAGCGUGUUGACGGCGGGGAGCAACGAGGUCGGACCGGAUCUGGGAGACUACCCGUACACAACCGUACCGAAUCAAGUGCAUCGGAUCUUCAAGGCGCAGCAGUUGCAUGACAAGAAGCAUUAUGAUGAGCGGAUGCUGGCCACUCCUGAAGCGCGCGCAAAGAUGAAGUAUAUCGACUACUUGCGGCCUAUCAUUGCAGACGGAGAUACCGGACAUGGAGGUCUUUCGGCUGUAUUAAAGCUGGUAAAACUGUUUGCCGAAUCAGGCGCAUCCGGAAUACACUUAGAGGACCAACUUCAUGGCGGCAAGAAAGUGAGGCAUGUCCUCCGUGCUUCUACAGUGCUUGAUCUUCGCGUCUAGUGCGGGCAUCUCGGCGGAAAAGUCGUCGUCCCUACCUCGACACACAUCUCUCGACUCGUUGCGGCUCGAUUCCAGCUUGAUCUAAUGAAAUCCACCAUGCUUACUAUCGCCCGCACCGAUUCCGAGUCCGCAAAACUGCUUUCGUCGUCUGUUGAUUCGGCCGACCACGAAUAUAUCCAGGGCACAACCAACAGGAAGGGCAAGGGCUUGUCACAGGUUCUCGCUGAGGCCGAGACGAACGGUGCGACGGGUCCGGAAAUCGAUGCUUUGGAGCAGAGGUGGAUGAAUGAGAAUCCGUUGUGCACCUUCAAUGAAGCGGUCGAGAAAGCUGUUCAACAGUCAUUGAUUGAGGACAAAGACACCCAAUAUCAGGCUUACCUCAAGUCGGUCGACGGGAAGUCGCACUAUGAAGCGAGGGAGCUCGCAGCGGAAAUUCUUGGGGAGCCGGUAUUCUGGGAUUGUGAUCUUCCACGAACCAGGGAAGGAUACUACCGAACAACAGGUGGAACAGAAGCUGCAAUUAAACGCGCGCUCGCGUUCGCACCUUACGCAGAUAUGAUCUGGUUGGAAACCAAGGAGCCUGAUCUUGAGCAGGCACGGUACUUUGCACGCAAGAUCCGAGAAAAGUUCCCUGGAAAAUGGUUUGUUUACAACUUGAGCCCGAGCUUCAACUGGGCGAAACACGGUUUCACUGAUGAACAACUGAAGAGCUUCGUUUGGGAUCUUGCGAAAGAAGGAUUCGUGUUCCAGCUGAUCUCUUUGGCUGGGCUGCACAGUGGUGCUGUCAUCACCGCGGAGCUAUCGCAACGUUUCAAGGAGGACGGGAUGCUUGCUUACGUCCAGCUCAUUCAGCAGAAAGAGCGCGAGAUUGGCUGCGACGUGCUCACACACCAACGAUGGAGUGGCGCGAACUACAUCGACGGGAUCCUGCAGACUGUGUCGUCUGGAUCUUCGAGCACGUUGUCGACGGGGAACGAUUCCACCGAAAAUGCUUUCUGAUUUGCUAGUUGCGCUAUCAUCUAAUCUCAAUUGUAUCCAAGUUGCACCCUCUGUGGUCACCGACCUCAGGAAGUACGCGAUCACGUGCAAAUAUUCCGCUUCUGAGAUCAGUCACAUGAACCAUCAACAUGCCGAUGACGAGAUCACCGUCCCUUCAUUCUUUUUGAGAAACUUGGACAAAUGUUCUGCUCAUCUCGCCCACUCGAUUCCCUACGCAGGCAAAGAGCCACCGUCUACCAGCUCUGAUACGACGGCUAUUUGUAAACGCCUCCAUCUGGAAGUGAUUUGCAUCGACAAGGGCGAGCUAGAGGAAAUCCUGGGGCGGAUCGAGGAGAGUGAAGGGAGUGAGAAAUGGGUGAAGCCGCUGCAAUACGGGAAAGGACCUCCUCGAGUAUCAUGUCAUCGACAUUGGCGAUGAUGAAGAUAACGAAGAUGCCCUUCUGGGGAAAACGCUAGCAGCGGAUGGAGAUGUCUAUCCGCAAGUCUCCGAGAACGGAUUCGGCUCUUAGAGCGGAGAGGGUGAAAAGGUGCUAACUCUGUGCGAGUCUAGGAUUGCGCAUUAUCGCCAAUCUCUUCGAUGGAGAGAGCUUGUGCUGGGUCUAGUCAGCUGGUCGAGUCGCCUCGCGGUCCUGUAUGUGUCCAUCCCGGCCCUCGCCUCGCUGCUGGGCAUAUAACAUCUCGGGUUGCAUUUCGUGAAGCAGCAUUGCUUAGCGCUCUGUCACCUGACGAAACAACAUAUGUAUACGAUGAAGACCUUGGGUGCUGCUGAGAGGUACGUGGAAUCGCCUCGUUCGAGUUUUGGGCGUUUGAUCGGCAGAUGAUGAUGGGGGAAGGCAAGGGCGAUAGCAUCCGAACUGUCUAUGACAUGGGUCGACGCUGCCACUCUGUGCGAGGGACAGGGACUGCCAACAUGUCUCGGCGAAUAAGUGGCCCCUCGGCCAGAGUGGCGAAGAAAGCGAACGUUGAGACUAGACUCUGGUUCGGAUUUUCGCGACACUGAAGGCUAUUAUUCCUUCGCCAUCCGCUGGUUCGGCUCAAGUACUCGAUAUGAUCCCGGACGCUUUAACCGGCCACUUGCUUUCGCUAUCUAGUCUUCCAGAGUUGCUCGGGACACUGUUCCGCAAUGACUCGGUGACAGACUGGAUCGCUCGAUGCGAAGCGUACUAUGCCACGAUUGGUCUCCUCCGCAGAACGGCUCGAGUGAACAGUAGAAGUCCUCCUUGGCCCUCGCUUCUCUUUCAAUCAGACUUCUGGCAUUCAAGACUGAAGGCGGGAUCAAGGGGCUCCUCUCUCAGGGCAGGUCGGCUCGCACGGACAGCGCGAGACAUCUACAUCACUAUACAACGACCUCCAGAAGUUCGCCAAGCAAUGUGGCACAUUUCUCUCAAAUGUUCUGCAGGUGACCCAUGGCUACGAUGAAGAUGAGGAAGACUCAGCCAGGCAACGUCCCUUUGGGGAUAGAAAUCCCCGCGCGUGACGACAUUCAGCAAGCGAUCGGUGUUCUAGGUCACUAGCGCAUGAGCAAGAACCGAGAGAACACGAUUGCAGCCGACACAUGCAAAGCCUACGCAGAAGCUUGCGACAAUUUGGCAUUUAGACACGUUGCGAUCGAUUCAUCUCGUUAUCUUCACAGGCGCGAGCUUGAAGCUUCUGGCUCUGGCACGAGGGCCCGAAGGAUCGACUGCAUUCGCCCAAAGAACUCGGCGUCACGGUGACCAGUCUACCGUCAGGCAUCAUUGGCAGAGUUGAUGAGAUUUGGAAUGAUGCUAUCCAAGUUAUUACAGCUGGUCUCGAAGACACACUCUACAACAAGGAACUGCUUCCGUUUGAUUUCUUUCUGCAGCUUGCUUAUCUUGUGACUUCCCCACUGGUCCAUCUUCGAACUACGGGUGGCGGCGUGAUUCGCUUCAACCCCAAUUUGUAAGGACUCGCCAGCGAUCGAGCAAGCGCACCACGCUGAACGCAACAGCACAUAUAUGCAAAUGGCAAGGUUUGCCUGUCCUCGCUAGGAACUUGGCCCGGUCGUCCAGAAGAGCAGUGGUCUUCAAAAUCGGCGCUACUGCACGUUGUCACCAGCUUCCAAGCUAUGAUCCUCGUGUCCGUCCUAUACUUUAAUGAAUGGGCUUUCGACUUUGACCACUUUGCCGGCUCACAUUUUCACCGUCCUGGUCACGUUCAGGUUAACCUCAACGCACCUGCAAGCAAAGGUUAUAACCGGAAUAUAUGCUUGCACAUGUGCCAUGGCGAUCGCCAAUUGGUUGAAAGAGGAGCUUCGACAGGGUAUC